AUGCCAGGACAGUCGACUACUGAAGUAAUUCAUCUUAGCCGGAGACUGGUGGAGAAAUAUAGAAAAAUAAAGAGGGAUCUUCAUAUGGUUUUUAUUGAUCUUGAAAAUGCCUAUGACAAAGUUUUGAGGGAUUUUUUGAAGGUGUCGGGGGCUAAUGGUGUCUCGAUGGUGUAUAUUAGGGCGAUAAAUGACAUGUAUGAUGAAGACAACACUUGGAUUAAGAUGAUAGGAGGAGACACAAAGUAUUUUCCUGUUGAAAUGGGACUACAUCAGGGAUCUAUGCCGAGCCCUUUUCUUUUUGCCUUCGUGAUGGAUGAGAUGACACAGUCUAUUCAGGAACAGGUUCCAUGGUGUAUGCUAUUUACGAAUGACAUAGUACUUAUUGAUGAGACUCGGGAUAGAGUUAAUGAUAGAUUGGAGGUUUCGAGACAAACUCUAGAGUUCAACGGGUUCAAAUUGAGCAGGACCAAUACCGAAUACUUGAAAUGCAAAUUUAGUGUUGCGAUGGAUGAAGAUGGCAUGGAAGUAAGGCUUUCCACUCAUCCUAUUCUCAAGAGAGAAAGCUUUCAAUAUAUUGGGUCCAUCAUCGAGAGUAGUGGAGAUAUCAACGACGAUGUCACACAUCGCAUUGGGGCAGCAUGGAUGAAAUUGAGGCUUGCCUCUAAAGUGCUAUGUGAUAAGAAGGGUGAAGUGCUGGCCAGUCAAGAACUCACAUGUUCAAAAGAUCCAAGUUGCAGAGAUGAGGAUGUUGAGAUGGAUGUGUGGACAUAG